AUAAAGAUUCGACUGAAAUGCGUCACUCAGAGAACCAAAUUUCUAUUAGUACCCGAUUAGGGAGCAUGUUAUAUAAGCAUUGAUACACACCACGUUGCUCAGUAGUUUUCCAGCCUCCCAUCACUCCAACUACUACAUAUCAUUAAUGUCCACCACGUAGGCUGUAUAUCCGAUAACAUUCCGUUAGUUUCGUUCGUAGUGAACGGUGUUCCUUUGAGUGUUUCCAACGCUUACGAGUAAUAAAAACGUACAACAUGAAUUUUCACGACGUGGUUAUCGUAUCUGCUGUCAGAACUCCUAUUGGAUCCUUUUGUGGAAACUUAUCCUCAUUAAAGGCAUCAGACCUAGGAAGUAUUGUUAUUAAAGAAUGUCUUGCAAAAGUAAAUGUAGAUCCAUCCGAUGUGUCCGAAGUCAUUUUGGGACAGACAUUAACAGCAGGCCAAGGACAAAAUCCAGCUAGGCAGGCAGCUAUUAAAGCAGACUUUCCAAUACGUGUUCCUGCUUAUCAACUUAAUAUGUUAUGCGGUUCUGGACUAAAGGCAGUUACAAAUGGUUAUCUAUCUUUAAAAAGUGGAGAAAGUAAUAUUGUUGUAGCUGGUGGUCAAGAAAAUAUGAGUUUAGCACAACACUCAAUUUAUCUUAGAAAUAGUAUCAAACUUGGAGAUGGUAAUUUGAUUGAUACAUUAUUACAUGAUGGAUUGACUGAUGCAUUUACUUCUGCUCAUAUGGGAGUAACAGCUGAAAAUAUUGCGAAGGAUCUCGGAAUAACUCGAGAAGAACAAGAUCAUUAUGCAACUUUAUCCCAACAAAAAACAGCUACUGCCAUUUCAGCAGGAUACUUUGAUAAAGAAAUUGUUCCUGUACCAGUAGUAAAUAGAAAUGAAACUACUCUUAUAUCUAAAGAUGAAUUUCCUAAACCUGCAACUACUUUUGACGAUCUUUCUAAAUUGAAACCUAUUUUUGUUAAGACUAAUGGAACUGUUACUCCUGGUAAUGCAUCUGGUAUAAAUGACGGUGCAGCAGCAGUACUUAUUAUGACAAAAGAAGAAGCAAUCAAAAGAGGCUUAAAACCUUUAGCUCAAAUUGUUGGAAUAGCUGAAAGCGGAGUAGAACCACGUGUCAUGGGUCUUGGUCCAGUACCAGCGAUUGAAUUACUUUUACAAAAAAUUAAGUGGAGUAAAGAUGAGGUAGAUCUUUAUGAAUUGAAUGAAGCAUUUGCUGCACAAGCACUGGGAUGUAUUAAGCAACUUGAUAUAGAUCCUAGUAAAGUUAAUGUUAAUGGCGGUGCUAUUGCUUUAGGUCAUCCUAUUGGAUGUUCUGGAGCUAGAGUUUUAGUAACUUUGAUUCAUGCAUUAGAACAAACAGGAGGAAAAAAAGGUAUUGCAUCAUUGUGUAUUGGCGGAGGAAUGGGCAUUGCCAUAGCUAUAGAAAGAAAAUAACAGUUUAUAUUGAUUAUUUCUAUUAUUCACUAUUAUGAAAAUUUUUAAUUUUAUAUUACGCGAAUUUUUUAAGGUGUAUGGGAAAAAGAGAACUUUAAAUAUUACUAUUACUAUUUAUCUAUUAAAAUUAAAAUAUAAAUAUAUAGUUGAAUAAUUAUUCAUCAACUAUGAACUUACAAUAUUUAAAUAACGAAGAUAGCUGUGGACUGUGAUGACUGAUAUGACAAAAAUCAUAUGCAUGCACUUGUGGUAGUCAAAAUUAUUUAUAAUAUAUAUCAAAUGUGCUGAAUAUAAUUCAAAAAAUGUUGGCUGAAAUCUCUAGUGUACAAUAUACUAUCUUAAUUAUACAAUAUUUGAUCUUAGGAAAAACAUUUGAGAACGAGUUGCAAACACUUACAAAUAUUGCAUUAUUAUAUAAAAUAUAAUUAUGGAAAAGCGUAAUAACAGUUAAUAAGGCACAGCUUUGUCUAUAAAUAACUAAAUGAAGACUUCUCACUAUUUUUCUACUUAUUAUCCAAACUAAUAUUGCUGAGCUGAUGGUUCUUCCAAUCUAAUGAACUAUUUCAGAGUGCCUUCUUUUAGACAGAUUUAAUAUAAACUUUAUUACUUUUUUAUAUGUAUUAAAAGUAUGUAAAUAUGUUGGAAAAGAAGUAUUGCCUAUUUCUGUGUUAACAUACUUGUUAUUAAUAACAAACUAAAUAUUAUUAUCCAUAUAUAUAAAGACGUUCGUUCAAUAAAUCAAAUAUCUAUAUAUAUCAA